UUUAUUUUGUUCAAUGUUACUUAAUUUCUUCUGCAUCAGAGGUAGCAUUUCUAAUAUUAAGACUCUUAAGCUUACCACUGAAGCUAAUCCUGCUUUUAUACUGACAUGCUGGGAAACUGAGCCAGCUCACAUUAGUGACUCACAGAGGGAAAACCCAUAAAAUCUUUAGACAUACCUGUCACCAUUUCUUUGUGGGAAAGUCAUGAUUAGAUUUGUAGUAGCUGUCUAACCUAAAGGAAACUUUUAGAAUUACAGUUCAUACAAUCAUCUAGUUUAACAACCCACCAUAUUCCUACCUAACACUGACCUCUGAUGUGGACCAGAUUUACAGUAAUAACCUUUAUACUGAACUGCAGUGAUGUUUUUUUCAGGGGAAAAGUGAUUCAAAAAUCAGUCUAAAAUAGUUUAUCUUUUUAAAAAAGGUACUUUAAAUUUUAUUUAUAUAGUGCCAAAUCAACAGUUAUCUCAUAGCGCUCAUAAAAGAGCAGGUCUAGACCAUACUCUGCGAUAUAAACCUAAAUUAGAGCUGUGACCCAGUAUUAUUUUGGUUAUCUUCCUAUUUGUUAAUUUUCUCCUAUUUGUUUAUUUUUAUUAUAAACUUGCAUACCAGCCACACUCAAGCAAUUGGAAAAGUAUGCCUUUAACACUGAAUUUAAGAUAUAAAAUGUAUGAAUGUCUGAUGUCUAAUUUGUGUGUCUUUGCAGAAUUAACAGCUUUGAAGAUGGGGACUCCUGUGAUCCUUAAGAUCGUCUUGACUGAUGGCAGCUCUCAGAGGUUGACUCUUUCCCAUGGACUCCCUGCAUCCAUUGAUGACCUUAUGAUUGAAGUCAAGAAACAGUGUGGACUUCAGGGCAAUUUUCGACUUCAAUUUAUGGAUUCCUUGUUUGGAAAUGAGUUCCUCAACCUUACCUCAAUUUCAGAAGUAGAAGACAAAGCAGAAACUGAGGAGAGUCUUGAGGCCAUGCAGAAAGCUCUACUAUUAGAUGUAAAGAAGAGGAACAACAGGGAGGUUGUGAAACUCAAGAUGGAAAAGACUUUUGCACACAGAAGACAUGAAGUAGUUCGUUAUGGACAAAUGGUGGAGGAUUUCAUGGCGAGGUGGCCUGCCCUAUUUGACGUCACUGAGAUCAACGCUGAAUUCAAGAGAAUCACCACCGUCCCACUUCAAUCCAAGUUCCUGUCUCAGCUGGAUCUCCACUCUGACAACCUGAUGAGGCUGUUCCAAAACAGAGGAGGACAGCUAGGGAAAAGGCUACAAAGAAUUAUUGCACAAAUGGCAGAU